GCGGAGAGGCCUGAGGCCUGUGCUGGGCCCAGCGCUGCCGAAAGAUGGCAGUUGAAUACUUCAUGCAGGAGAAGAUCUGGUUUGAGAAGUACAAGUACGACGAUGCCGAGAGGAGGUUCUACGAGCAGAUGAACGGGCCGGUCGGGGGCUCCUCACGCCAGCAGGAGAACGGAGCCAGCACCAUCCUCCGCGACAUUGCCAGAGCCAGGGAGAAUAUCCAGAAAUCGCUGGCCGGACAGAAGACAGGUCCUCCUCGUAGCAAAGAAGCUCCUUCUGCCCGUCAGAAGAGGCAGUCAGGAGGCCGCUCAACUAGCACCAACACAACCUCUGCUGGGUCUGCUGGUGACCAUAAUGAACUCCUGGCCAGAAUUUCCCACCUGGAGGCAGAAAAUCAGAACCUUCGCAGUGUUGUUUCAGACCUUCAGAUGGCCAUGUUCAAGUUGGAAAGUCGCCUGAACGCUCUGGAAAAGUCAUCUACCUCCCACCAGCCCUCACCAGUUCCUCCAACCCAGAAAGUGGAACCCUUCAGUGUUCCCUCCAAGAAAGUGGAGCUCCCAUCAGCUUCACCUGCAAAGAAAGCUGAGCCAGCUGCUGCAGAGGAAGAUGGUGAUGAUGAUAUUGACCUUUUUGGUAGCGAUGAUGAAGAGGAAGACCAAGAGGCUGCCAAAGUCCGGGAGGAGAGACUGCGUCAGUACGCAGAGAAGAAGGCCAAGAAACCUGGUCUGAUUGCCAAGUCUUCUAUCCUUCUGGAUGUCAAACCAUGGGAUGAUGAGACUGACAUGGCCAAGAUGGAGGAGUGUGUCCGGUCUGUCCACAUGGACGGGCUGGUGUGGGGAGCCUCCAAACUGGUGCCCGUGGGUUAUGGCAUUAAGAAGCUCCAAAUCCAGUGUGUGGUGGAGGAUGACAAAGUGGGGACGGACAUCCUGGAGGAGGAGAUCACCAAGUUUGAAGACUAUGUGCAGAGCGUGGACAUUGCUGCUUUCAACAAGAUCUAGAAGUGUUAACAAGUGUCUCCUCAAACUGUAACUAAUAAAGAUCAAGAUUGGACCUGCAAAUGGACUGAUGAU